CCCACCGUGUGUGAGAGCCGCCAUCUUAUCGCGCUGAGGAGGAGAAGAGCAGCAGCAACGAUAGAUAUGGCAGACUACAGCAGCGUGGCUCCCCCGUCUUCUAACGCCGGUGGCGGCAUGAACGACGCUUUUAAAGACGCUCUGCAGCGAGCACGACAGAUCGCAGCGAAGAUCGGCGGGGAUGGAGUUGCGGCACCCCCGACAAACGAGUUCGGCUACGGGGGCCAGAAAAGGCCCCUGGAGGACGCUGGUGGGUAUUUUCCCAUGCCUAACCUGAAUAUCGACCAACCAGAGACAAAGAAAGUGGCUACAAAUGAUGAUCAUCUUCUUGCAGCCUUUUCAGGUAUUGGAGGAAUGGCUGGUCCCCCAAGGUCAACAUCAGAAGAAUUUAAGGUCCCAGAUGGGAUGGUUGGCUUCAUUAUUGGAAGAGGAGGUGAACAAAUAUCACGCCUCCAGCAAGAGUCUGGAUGCAAAAUACAGAUUGCCCCUGACAGCGGAGGGAUGCCAGAUAGGUCAGUGACAUUAACAGGACUACCAGAAUCAAUCCAGACGGCAAAGAGGCUACUAACAGAGAUCGUUGAGAAAGGACGUCCGGCCCCGGCGUUCCACCACAACGAUGGCCCAGGAAUGACUGUUCAGGAGAUUAUGGUCCCUGCUUCUAAAGCUGGACUUGUCAUUGGCAAGGGAGGAGAAACCAUCAAAAGUCUUCAGGAACGAGCUGGAGUGAAAAUGGUUAUGAUCCAAGAUGGACCCCAAAACACAGGUGCAGACAAACCACUACGCAUUUCUGGAGAACCUUUUAAAGUUCAGCAAGCCAAAGAAAUGGUGAUGGAGCUGAUCAGAGAUCAGGGCUUCAGGGAGCAGAGGGGCGAGUACGGCUCAAGGAUCGGAGGAGACAGCUUAGAUGUUCCCGUCCCACGUUUUGCAGUAGGAAUUGUUAUCGGGAGAAACGGAGAAAUGAUCAAGAAAAUACAGAAUGACACAGGUGUCAGGAUUCAGUUCAAACCAGACGAUGGCACAACACCAGACAGGAUAGCGCAGAUCAUGGGGCCUCCUGACCAGGCUCAGCACGCAGCAGAAAUCAUUUCCGACUUGUUGAGGAGCGUCCAGGCUGGAGGACCUCCAGGACACGGAGGUGGCAGGGGACGUGGUCGCGGCCAGGGCAACUGGAACAUGGGCCCCCCUGGUGGCCUCCAGGAAUUUACCUUCACAGUCCCAACCAUAAAGACGGGCCUGAUCAUUGGGAAAGGUGGUGAGACAAUCAAGGGCAUUAGCCAGCAGUCUGGAGCCAGAAUCGAGCUCCAGAGGAAUCCUCCACCCAACGCUGACCCCAACAUUAAGAUGUUUACAGUCAGAGGGUCUCCUCAACAGAUCGACUAUGCGCGGCAGCUGGUGGAGGAGAAAAUUGGGGGACCUGUCACGCCGAUGGGUGGCCCACACGGCCCUCCUGGUCCACAUGGAGGGCCAGGCCCACAUGGUCCCCCAGGACCACCCGGACCCCCUGGUGCUCCCAUGGGUCCAUACAACCCUGGACCAUACAACCAGGGCCCACCAGGACCACACGGUCCUCCUGCUCCGUAUCAGCCUCAGGGGUGGGGCAACGGCUACCCACACUGGCAGCAGGGCCAACCUGAUCCAAAUAAAGCAGCAGCUGACGCCAACGCAGCAGCGUGGGCAGCGUACUACGCUCAGUACAGCCAGCAGCCACAGGCUCCCAUGACCCCGACCAGCGGAGCGCCCGGCACCACUCAAGCCAAUGGCCAAGGUGACCCACAGGCUGCAGGUCAGAGUGGACAGGCAGAUUACACCAAGGCCUGGGAGGAAUAUUACAAGAAAAUGGGUCAACAGAGUCAGCAACCUCAGGACUACACGAAAGCCUGGGAGGAGUAUUACAAGAAACAAGGUCAAGCGGCCCCUCAGGCCACAGCUGCGACAGCUGCCUCUCAGCCCGGAGGCCAGCCGGACUACAGCGCGGCCUGGGCGGAGUACUACCGGCAGCAGGCCGCUUACUACGGCACGGGCAACCCUCAGCCGAUGGGCGCGGCGCCACAAGCUCCCCAGGGCCAGUAAUGUGAAGUGGACAUAAAGUAAAUGCUACAUUGUCGAAACAAAAUCCUUUGUUAAAUGUUUGGAUGCAGACGCCUUGAUGAAGAUCUUAAAUUUCCUUGGUUUGAAAGUGUUUCACAUAGAUGGCAGAUUACCCGGCGAACACGUCCUCUUUGAUUUCUUUCUUUUUUCUUUUUUGUUAUUCUUUUUCUUGUAAAUGCUUUGUUUUUAGUGAGGUAAUUAUACAUAUGGUCAUUCCAGCCCUGUAUCUACAUUAAAUGUGGUUAGAAGUCAUGUUUAUUAAACUGUAGACAUUACCAUGUAAAAUCAUCUCAGUUUUAAAAAUGCUCUUGCCUGUUGUGUUUUUUGCAAUAAAACAAACUGAAACCUC